AUGAGUUCCAACCUGAGACACAAUUCUGGAGAUACUUUGACACCUUCUGGACAAGAAAUCCCUAGACAGUAUGUCGCAAAUGAAAAGUCAGGACGGAGAGGUAGCGGAUUCAUAUCCAGGUUUGGACACAAUCUUCUGCGCUUCUUCAAGGAAGUCUGGAGAAGCCUCCUUACUCUAGUUGUUAUGGGCGCCAUUACUGCUGCCGUCUGGACCGCGAAAAACCAUGCUUUCACUCGACUCUUUCCUGUCACAUACUUCUCCACGUCCGGCGAUAUUGUUUGGACUCAAUUUGCUUACCCCUACCAAGAGCCCAUAUUCUCAUCCCUGGCCGCCGCGCUCGUCGCAAUUCUCGUACCGGUUGGCGUUAUCCUCUUAGCCCAGAUCUGGGUACGAAGCUUUUGCGACGCAUCGAAUGCUUUGCUGGGGUUAGCGUAUUCGUUGCUGACAGGAACGUUCAUCGUGGUAAUCAUCAAGAAGACCAUCGGUGGCUUACGACCACAUUUUCUCAGCGUCUGCCAACCUGUGUUACCACAAGACGCGAUUGGCACCGGCUUUCAGAACAUCAUGUUCACCAUAGAACAGGUCUGCACCGGUAUCGACAAAAGCAAAAUCCGUAAUGGGGUCGAGUCGUUUCCAUCUGGGCACUCGGAAAUUGCUUUCGCUGGCUUCUUUUACUUGUCAAUCUACCUGUUCACGCACCUGAAAAUACAGAGUCGAUAUCGAGCUGGAUAUUGGCGAAUGGUAGCAUGCGUACUGCCCACCUUGCUGGCAACAUAUCUUGCUAGCACAUUGGUGCUCAACUAUCACCAUCACGGCUAUGAUGUGGUUUUUGGAUCGUUAUUGGGAGUUCUGGUGGCAUUGUUUGGAUAUCGAAUGGUGUUCAAGAGUGUAUGGAACAAAAGACUGAAUGCAGUUCCUGCUUGUCAUGCUGAACACCUUGACGAGCAUGAACCUGUUUUACCUAAGUAA